AUGUCGUGGUACCCACUCUGCUCUUGUAUUCCGACUCGGAGUCGGAGCUCGUAUGUCCUUCAAAGAGGUCCUAAGGUCGUGGUUGGAGAGAGAAUGAUAUCGGUGAGAGGGUUUGGUAACGGCCUCUCUAACAGCUUUCCUCUCAUCAAAUCGUCUCUUGUCAGCUUCCAACCUAUGAAGGGUCCUUUGUUGAUUGAUACCGAGAUGUAUUUCAAGUCUUUGAGAGGCUGA